CUUACAUACAUCUCUCAGCAGUCUUACACGACAGUCUGCAAAUAUCCUUUGGAGCCCCGUAGAUCCAGCAUGACAGCCUACAACGAAAAGCAUGCCGAAGAAGGCCGUCUACCAGGACUGUCUUCAUCUAGUAGCGAUGAGAGUCGUGAAAGUACGAAAGAGCCUGAGAAAGACCCAUUCCUUGUGACGUGGAACGGUAAGGACGAUCCAGAGAACCCCAAGAAUUGGACAAAGCGACAAAAAUGGGCCGCGACCUUUAUCAGCUACAGUGUCUUCGUUCUCGGAUAUGCGUUUGGCCCUCUGUUCCUCAGCCCGCUGUCCGAAAUUUAUGGCAGAUCGAGAAUAUUGCAGCUCGCGAACCUCUUCUACCUCAUAUUCAACACAGUGGCUGGAUUCAGCAAGAAUACAGGCGAAUUGAUCGCUUUCCGUUUCCUAUCUGGACUCGGCGGCAGCGCCCCUCUCGCGGUUGGAGGAGGCGUGCUCGGUGAUGUCUGGCUUGCUGAUGAACGUGGAGCAGCGCUUUCGAUCUAUUCUUUGGGACCAUUAAUCGGUCCUGCCGUGGGACCAAUUGCGGGUGCUUGGAUUGCCCAGUGCACGACUUGGAGAUGGACCCUUUGGGAUCCUUCUAUCGUUGAUGUCUUCAUCCAGCUUGCUGCUCUCAAGUUCCUGAAGGAGACGUUUGCUCCAUGUCUUCUCCGUCGCAAAGCAAUUAAACUGCGCAGGGAAACUGGGGACAACCGCUAUCAGAUGAUUCAGGAGCGCGCGAAGUUGACUCUGCCUGUCGCGCUGAGACGAGGUCUAUCACGUCCAUUUAUUCUGAUUGGUACUCAACCUAUCGUGCAAUGCCUUGGUCUUUAUAUGGCAUACCUGUAUGGUCUAUAUUACCUUGUUCUAGGACACUUUUCCGAUCUAUGGGUAGAAGAGUACCAUGAAUCUCGCGGCAUCUCCGGUUUGAACUACAUUUCUCUCGGCCUCGGCCCGAUCAUCGGAGCCCAGAUAUCCGCGCUCUUCAACGAUCGCAUCUACCGCAACCUCAAGAAAAAGCACAAUGGUAUUGGCCGGCCAGAGUUCCGACUACCCCUGAUGUUCGCUGGCAGUUUCCUCGUACCGAUCGGCUUGUUCUGGUAUGGAUGGAGCGCAAAAGCCCACACACACUGGAUCGUCCCAAACAUUGGCGUUCUGAUCUACUCCUGUGGCGGUAUCUUUGGAUUCCAAUGCAUCCAGACCUAUCUUGUCGAUGCGUACACCACUUACGCUGCGUCUGCCAUGGCUGCAGCCGCUGUCGGAAGAUGCAUCCUCGCUUUCAUCUUCCNNCCCCUCCUAGUAAAGCAGCUCUAUGCCUCUCUACACUACGGUUGGGGCACGAUUCUACUCGCUUGCAUUGCUCUAGGCUUGGGAGUGCCGUUUCCAAUCCUGCUUUGGGNNUACAAGGGUGAGGCACUAAGAGCGAGGAGUCCCUACGCUGCGACUACGGACUAG